AUGACCUCCGCUACAAGAUACGCCGUCACCGCCUAUGGCGUGUUUUCCGUAUUCGUAUACGGGUUCCUCGCCAUUGUGAAGGGCACUUUCUUUCAAAAGCGAACAGAAAGGCAGCUCGUCGAGCUGCAAAUUGCUAGUGAUCGCCUUUGGAACUUGUCGAAAGACUUUGCGGGCCUCUCCCACCAUAUUUUGACCCUGGCCAGUGGCUUCAAGUUUCAUUUAGUGAGCAACGAAGUUCCGGGGUCGACGGAGGCACAAAACUCCACGAAGCCGUUGGUCAUUUUCAUCCAUGGUUUCCCCGACAGUUGGGCCGUAUGGCGGAACGUGAUCAACCAGCCCGAGCUUCAGAAGUCUGCUACCAUCGUGGCCCUCGAUAUGCCCGGCUAUGGGGGUUCCGAAGGCCUGCCGAAAUAUGACGGCACCAAUGUCCUAGAGAAGAUGACCGAGCUAAUCAUCACCCUUCGAUCCAAGUACGGGGUCGACGAUGAGACCACGAAGAACAAGAAGAAGACUAUCAUUCUCGCUCAUGACUGGGGCUGUGUGGUCGCCAUGAGACUUGCAGCAGAGGCCCCCACGGUCGCUGAUCGAUUUGUCCUCAGCAACGGACCUCUGCCCGCCCUCGCCUUGUCCAAUAUCAAACGUUUGCUGUCCACAGCCCAGAAGAAAUUUCAAGAGGCUCGAGCUGCUCCUCUCAGGGCCUAUAGCCCUCUUCGCGAAGCGUGGCAAGCUCUCCGCCCUGUACUCCGACAAGGCGUCCUAUCAGGCUACAUUUUCGCGAUGCAGCUACCCGUCCCAUGGGUGAAGUACUUCUUAACGGGCGGCAACGCCUCCCUCAUGCGCGACGUCCACACUGGCUCCUACGGAAAGGCAAAGUUCACUAUGCGCGACAUAGCCGAGUCAAUGGCUAGCACUUUGGGCCCAUCUCUCUCCGAGUCGAAGACCGAGACUCCCAACGGCGAGACUUACCCGACUUCAAUCAACUUCAAUGGCGAGUUCGCCAAUAUCAUGGGCCCCGCUAGCUACUACCGCGAGGGAGCGGCCCAAUCCCGAUGGCACAAGUCCCCCGAGAUCGAGGCCUGGUUGAGCGAGCACGGUGCCACUGGCCUUGACGAGGGUCUCCCCGGGUCUUUCAAGGCACCCGCAACUGUGUUCUGGGGUGAGAAGGAUAUCGCGUUGGAGAAAGCGAUCUGCUUGGACGGAAUCAUCGACUUUACCUCCGCUAACAGUCAGGUCGUGCUGCUCCCCGAGUCGGGUCACUUCACGCCAGUCGAGCUGGAGAGUCGCGCUGCGUUCCUGAGGACGGUGCAGUGGUUUAUUGAUGGGGAACAGGGUGACGUCGGGACUGCUAUUCAGGAGGUGUAUCCCUCUGCACGAGUUCUCGCGCAGAAAUGA